AGGAGCCUACUUCUUAUUCUGAGGACAAAACAAUAUGUUGUUUUUGUUGUGCUGACGGCCCGAUUGCCCUUGAUAUAGAGUUGCCAAAGAGAACAUUGAUACCAGGAGAAACAGUGAAUGUCAUGGCAAGAUUGAGCAAUUUAUCUAGUACCAACAUUGAGAAUAUACAACUAAAACUGAAACAAGUCAUCACAUGUCAAGUUGAUAUACCAUCCAAAGAUGAAAACGAAAUUGAGAAUAUUCUUGUAGAGAUCACCGAAGUCGGUUUGGGAGCUCAUGGGGAACAUACUUAUAACUUUCCUCUUAUGCUUCCGAUGAAUGUGCCUAUUCCCAACUUUUCUCUAUGCAAGUUGUUCAAAGUGGACUACCAGUGUAAAGUUACAGCCAAACUUCCCGGAGUUCACAGUAACUUGGAAGUGUAUAUGUACCCACAAAUAGCAGACCAUUCCACAAUACAAUAUCCUCCCACGAAUGGUCAGGGAUAUCCACUUCACCCUGCUUCACCUGGAUUCGUUAUUCCUCCGCCUGGAGAAGGUUGUAUAUAUCCAUCAUCUGCUCCACUUACUCAGUCAGGUAAAAAGCUAAAUUAUAUAUUAACUAGUAGUUUUUUUUUUCUGAGGGGAACGCUCCUGCUCGAAGUGUGGGAUUCCAUGACUCUGUCACAGCCUACCCACUAAAACUCCUCUUCAGCAUUCAAGUGGCUCAGUAGAUGAACAAACUUGUUCCGAGCCUACUUCAAGGUCGAGCGUCGCUGGUAAUUAUUUCAGAGAGAAACUUUAGUGAGUGGAAGAGAGAACCGAGUGACGUCAUCGACGCAGGAUGGAACGGGUAUCGUAGCGAUUCAAGCGUGGACACCCUUGCCCUCGGCCCUCCUUAGUACUCCACAUCAC